AUAAAUAAAGGGAUUUUUUUCUCGUACCCCCAGACUAGUUUUCACUAUUUUUGCAAAUCCAUCAAACCAUGGGAUCAAACGAAACGCUAGCCUGUUUAAUCGACGGACUUCAACGCAAGUCUGACACAUUGCUGCUCCAUUGAGUUUGAGUAAGAGGGAAUUCCCGAACCAUCCAGACGGUGCCCAACAAGGUAUUUCAAAAUGCUUCGAUAUUACGCAGUUUUCUACCAGUAGUGUACGUUUAAACCAAGCUUAAAUAAGAGUUUAUGUAUGUUUGAUGUUUUAACAUGGCUGAUAGUCAUAAACACUUCAUUGUUCAUGUAGACUUUGAGGUGCCCGGAGGCCCUUACAAACACCAAAAGAUAUUGGCAGGAACAAUUCUGAAGUGUAGACAAGAUCCUGCUCAUGAAUAUGUUUUGCAUGCAGAAUCCCUGGAUUCAGAGACUGGGUUAUAUUUUACUUUUACGGGAAACAAGAAUAUUGAACAAAUUUACAAUGAAUAUGUUGAUUAUUUACUUGCAAUCUCCAAUCUUAGGAAGAGAUUAUCAUCUUUUCUUAAUAAGCAUAAACUUAAAGGAGCUGUGGAAGUAAAGGUCGGUGAUGCUGUUCAGGUGGUUUUGAAAGAACCCACAUAUGAACUGUUUUUUGCUGAAGCUGUAUUAAGGUACAAAGGCAACCCUGUUUCAACUAAAGGAAUUUUAUUUGGGGUUGAACUCCUUUCACAUAGAGGGCUAGGUACCACAGAUGGAACAUUUUGCAAGAAAGAAUAUUUCAAAUGUGAAGACAAUAGUGGAAUGUUUGUGCCAUUUGACAAAUUGAUUUUUGAUGAAUCAUCAGCAAGACAGGAACCUAUGAAAGCUAUUUUUGACGAGUUCAAAAUUGGAAUGAGAGUCUGUAUCAUUGACAACCUGAUAAAUGGCAAAGAGCAACAAAUAGCAGGUGUGUUGAGAUACCUGUUACCGUCCCAAACCACAGGUGAAACCCUAGCUGGUGUUGAAUUGGAUUAUCCUGUGGCAGGUUUGAAUUACAGUGGAAUAUUUCAAGAUCAAAAAUAUUUUGACGCUCGACCAAAUGUUGCACUUCUUUCAUUGGACUUUGUGAUGCCAUUGAAUUUAAUUGAAGGUGAAAAGUCAAACAAACCAAAAUUAUUUGACCAAGUUAAAUCAUAUUUCAUAUCUGAUAGUAAAAAAGAAGGAUCUCAAAAUACUUCUUCAUAUGGCUGGGUAGAGGUAGUGGCAGGUAGAGGAAAAGGCAAGAGUAAAGCACAUGCUCCAGAAGUGCAGUCAAUUACAACAAUUGAUGAUGAGCUGCUAUUGAAGAUUGCAAAAAUUAUUGAUGAGAAUUGGUUUUUAAUGGGCAGAAUACUUGAAGUUAAUCCAAAAAAACUUGAAGCAAUAAGCAAGAAGGCUUCUUAUUUUGAUGUCAAAGCAUUUCAAAUGCUUUGUACAUGGCAGUCAGAAAAGGCUGACGUGACAGACAAACUUGGUGUCAUUGCUCGUACAUGUAAGGAUAUUGGCAACAUGGAUCUUUAUUAUGAUUUACUUCAAGGUGUAGACGAUGAUAUUCUGGAAUUUGUUGCACAAGAGGCUUACCACAAAUGGGAUACUCUUGCGGAAAAGUUGAAUUUAUCUGCUGAUAUUAUUGCUCAAAUCUGUAAAAAGCAAAAAACUGAAUACAAAGCAAUGUGUAUUGAAGUCCUGUUUAUCUGGAGGACUAACCAACCGGCUGUCUCAGAUAAGGUGUCGUUCCUUGCGUCUGUUCUCGAUCAACUUGGCUUUCAACGUGUGGCAACAUUUUUGAUCCAAGGGUUAGACGAUGUUUUUCUACAGCAGCUGUCUGUUGAGAUUUCAUCAUCAUGGGAGGGUGUUGCUAUGGAGCUUGGCAUGACAAAAAAAGAGAUUGAAGAAAUUAAAUAUGACCAAAUUAUGGACAAGUCCAAACAGGCUUAUGAAGCCUUCAUUAAGUGGAAAAAACGACAAUCAUCUGAAGUGGAUAAACUUGGCAUACUGGCCAAGGCUUUGAAGAUCAAAGGACAAGAUGAUUUAGCCAACCAUUUGCUUGGUGGUCUCGAGGAUGGUGCCAUUCACCUACUUUUAGUCCAGCUUAGAAAAAUUAAAGUUGAUAAAGAAACAUUAUAUAGAGUUCUGAAUUUCAAGGAAUCACAUUUAAGAUAUUUUCAGCGGAAGUUUGUAAAUGAGUUUGCUCUAAUGAAAGCAAUGUUGUUUGCCUGGAGGGCUCAGUUGGAUCGCACUAAGGAUAAAAAACAGGAGUUGGUAAAGUUACUUGGCAGUAAUGGUUUCACAGACGUCCUCAAAAAUGUGUUUUCAGGUAAUGACCAACUAGAAAAAAUGGACACUGACUAUGUCGAAAUAGACUAUGCUGAUGCCGACCAGGUUUCAGAUGAAAUUAUUGAAAUAAUUGCAGAAGCUCUAAUUGAAAUAGAUGUUACAGCAUUGAAAACUUACUUGAAAAUACCCAAAAGUAGCUCAUCUACACAUGACCUAAAAGAUUUUGAAUUAGAAGCACGUCAUUUAUUGAUCCAAUCUAGGGAACAGCAUAAAGGUAACUUCAAGUCUGUUCUUGCUGAAACACUUGAAAACAUUCAUAGAAAGGAUUUGGCAGAUAUGUUGAAAGAUAAACCUAAAUCUCCGGAAAUUGAAACAAAACCUAUAAAAGCUUCCAAGUCAGAUGAUAUGGCAGUAAGUAGACCACCCUCAGAACCGAAAUAUGUAAGUAGAGUCACCUCAGAACCUAAACAUAAUUUUAGUGUUGGAUCAAUGGUUGAAGUUCAUGUCGCUGGAAUACCCAUGUACGGUGUUGGA